AUGGAUAAUUUACCGGGUACCGUACCGAGAGUUAUACUUUUGCUGAGUGGAAAACGGAAAUGCGGCAAAGAUUUCCUGGCGGAUGCGCUGCUGAAGAGGCUCGGUACGCAAGAAGCACAAAUUAUACGGAUCUCAGAACCGAUCAAGCGGCACUGGGCUGACUGGAAGGGUUUGGACUUAAGCGAGCUGCUUGGUGACGGCGCGUACAAAGAGCGAUACCGUAAGGAGAUGAUCGAGUGGAGCGAUGCACGUCGGCAGGAAGAUUACGGUGUGUUUUGUCGAGCGGCCUGUACCUCAAUCGACCGCAGCAUCUGCAUCGUGAGUGACGUACGGCGACAGACCGAUGUGCGCUACUUCCAGGAAACGUACGGAUCUGAACGGAUACGAACGGUGCGAAUUGAGACGAGCGAAGCGGUGCGUGCUGGACGCGGGUGGCAAUUUCAACCGGGCAUAGAUGACGUACAGUCGGAGUGCGAUCUGGACAACUACAGUUCGUGGGAUCUGCUGUUGACGAAUGAGCAUGCGAAUGAUGUGGACGGACUGUUAGCAACUCUACAGAGCUUAGUGGAGAACAAAAAGAAAUGA